AUGGAGGAACGAAGGGCCGCAUCUGCGCGGCACGGGCAGUCAGCGACCUUGCUAGACACUUCAGGAAGCAAAAAGGGCAGUGCUGACGGCCUCCGAGCGGCGGCAGCGCGCGCGGUUGCGGCCUCCCGGCACCGGCAGUCUGGCUCUCUGGCUGCGACUGCUCAGCUGUCGACUUCUUCUGUGUCGGCGAUCUCGAAUCCCCUGAAGCGCCGGCGCGUCCGGGAUGGCGGCGAGGAAGAGUUCUGGUCGCCCGCGCCUUCACCCGACUUCCAGAGUCCCGUCGUCGUCGAGACGCACACUUCCGAGGCGGCUGUGCCUCGCCGAAAUGGCGAAGCAACCGAGCCGCGGCGACUCGCGUCCCGGGCUGGCCCAGCCUCGGGAGUACGUACAGCGGCGGACGGCUGUCGGCCGUGCGGUCUGGCCGAGGAUGCCGUCGCGGCGGGGACCGCAGGCGAGAAGCAGAAGCGGCAGAAACACAGGUCCGUUGCGACGCACUCCGGGAGUUCAGAGCGCCUUGACGACGAGGCGUACGAGGUCCCCGGCCGCGACACGAGCGCGGGAAACUCCGACGGUGCAGGGACCGACUCGCUUCUUGGCGAGUCUGUUUCUCGCCAAGAUGCCGCGAAGGCCGCUGACCCCCCACCCGCAGAAGCCUCAUCCCUGUGUCGCGCGGCUGUGAACAAGAGUGCUGGAGACACUCGGGAGGGGAAGCGCGCCUCCGCGGUCUCGAAGACGGCAACUCGAGCAGGGACGCCCAGUCGCGGUCACGCGGCGAGGACAGGUGCCGCCGCCAGCGAGAAGGAAAACGAGGCUCUUCAGCGUCGACGGCCAUUGCCGUCCCUCAAAAACCUGUAUGUACAGCUGUCAGACGAUGAAGGCGACUCGCCGGCAGCAGCCACGGGAACUCUGCCGCUUCAGUCCUUUCCUUUGUCCGGGAAUCGAGCUCCCGCAGCCAGAACGGAGGAGCAGCGAGACGCCGGCGACCAUGCACCUGGAGACGCGCAGGAAGGUUUCUCGGAAACCUGCGGCGACGAAAGGCGAGGACUCGCGCGCGCCUACCCCUCGCUUCUCACGCAUACAGAGGGAUCCGUCUCACACGGAGACAGCGAGAAGGAAUUCGCCGUGAGGUCAGUCUCCGCCGCUGGCACCGUCCUCCCUGAAUCUUCCUGUGAGGGAGGGCCUCUCGGAGGAACCCGAGAGGCAGAGCGGCAGGCUCAACGCACGCCUACCAGACGAGGAAACAAAGCAACUGCACACUCCAAAGAGGAUGGAGACACUUUCGAUGAUUCUGCGCCGGGUGUCUGCCUGGCUCCGUCCUCUGGACUUCCUGUUCUUCCUCCUCAGGAGUGGAAUCGCGGUCUCUACUCACACCCUCCAGGCUUCUCGCCCCUCGCUGCUUCGGCGACUCAACACGCUGCCGCGUUCUCGUCUCCUUUCCCUUCCGUCCCCGCCUUCCAGUCUUCGGUCUCCCCGCAUGCACUCGGCGCCCGCCGCCGCGCGUCCACCCUUCCGCUAGACAGCCCGUGGCACGCGGUGCCGGCGCCGCUGCGGAAGGCCGUCGCGGAGUGUAUGUACAGCUUUGGACGCGAACGCGCGCGCGAGUUGUCUCGACUCGUGGCGCUGCUCGGCGACGUCUCGCACCCGGUCUCGCCAAUCGAGGUGGUGGGCCUUCCCGGGUCAGGCAAGUCCCACCUGCUCCUCUCUUUCUUCGGCGCCUCUCCGCUCGCAUGGGGCUACGUGGACUGCGCCGCUGCAUGCGCGACUGCAGGCGCAGGCCGCCUCGCCGCGCGCCAGGCGAUCUGCGGAAAACUCCUCCUCCACCUCGCCCUGCAGCUCCGCAGGGAACUCCUCGCCGGUCUCCAUACGGUUCGAGCGCUCGCAGCGAAGAACAAAAGUCGAGUAGAGACUCAGGCCUCUCAGAAGGCGCAAGAAGCUGAAACGACCCAACACCCUGAGGAGGGAGGGGAAUUCGAACAACGGAGAGACGAGAAAAAAGAGACACAGGGGAGACAGAUGCGCGCGAGUGCGAGGUCGCACGGCACGAAGCGCGACGAUGCUUCGCCUGCAAGCUCGAGAAAGAAGGUCACUUCUUCUACCGACUCCACUGGAUCUGCUUCGCCUCGAGCGAGCGAUUCGACGGGGCGCCCUCUGUCAUCCGACGUGUCUCCGAGUCUCCAGACUUCCUCGGCGUCGCCGUUUGCGUCUUCGGUCGCGCUCGAGAGCCUGGAAGCGGAGUUGAAGGAGAAGAAAACUCUCCUGGACCGCCUGAUGCGGCAGAUGCAGAGCGGGAAACGCUCGGCAGAGACGCUCGCGUUUUCAGGUUCGCUCUUCUCCGCAGGCUUCUCCGCGAACUCCGUCGAGCAAUUCGUCUCCCUCCUUCGCCAGCUCCUCCGCUGCUCUUCACCCCUCACCCGCGCCUUCAGCGUGCCUCUCGUCAUCGACGAGGCGUUCACUCUCGCCCAAAACAUGCCCGACCUUCUGCAUGCGCUCCUGCGCCUCCCCGAGCUCCUCGGCGGCGAGGCCCGCCUGCGCAGCUCGCCCACUUUCGAACUCGACUCUUUCUCGCCUCCGAGACUCCGAAGCUCAGACGCGGCUCGGAGAGGAAAUCCGGACGAGACUCAGGGAGAAGAUCCGAGAGCGUUGGAAUGCUUUCUGAGUUCGGAGGAAGCUCUGGAAGACAAAGAGUUGCUGGUGCCUCCUCGGAACGUGUGCGUGAUUUUGGUGGGUCGGUCGCCGCUGCGUCCGGAGAUUUUCGAGGGGUUUCCGCAGCCGCCGCGCGUCCAUUUCCGAGCCUACGAAGGGAGCGAAGCUCGGGACAUUCUCGCGCGAAGUUUCCAGGCUCUAGGCCUCCCGGUUCUGCGCCUGGCCGCUGCGCAGCAAGCCACGCGUCCGAGACUCGGCGCCGAGAAGACCCAGCAGUGUACAGACACCGCAGAGCGCGGCGCGCGACAAGACAUCUGGGUGUACGGACACUUGGAGCUGCUCGAGCAGCGAACCGUCGUCGCGCGCGGCUGGAGGAGGAAAGGCCAAGACGACGCCGAGCAGAUCGGAGAGGCAGAGGUCGCAGGAGUCGCUUCUGAGCAAGCUCGAAGGCGAGAGGAACGUGAAGAGGGGAAAGACGAAGAUUGCGUGUGGGAGAGCCGUCUCGUUUUGCGGAGAAUGCGGAGACGCGCGCGAAAGGCGAGCAAGAUGGAAGGUCUAUCUUCCUCCACGGACCUCGCUUCGGAGACACGGCGCGGCGGCGUUCCCUCAACGGAGAGAGAAGAGCAGGGAGAGGGUGCGGAAGAAGAGUCUCUCCAAGAGGCCAGAGAGCCGCAGAUGGUCGCUGGAAAGCGCAGGACGCGGUCCGAGGGUGCAGGUCGGGAAGCUGGCCAUGUGCAGGCAGCCUCGACUUCCCUGGACUCUGCGGAGAGCACUGCAUGCGCCGGGGAGGGGCUGUGGUCCGCGGAAGAGGUCGAUCUCCUUCUUGAUGUCGAAGUUCUCUGGUCGCACUUUGUCACGCUGUUUAUCCAGGCUUUCCACCAGUCCUUGAAGAGCGACUUCCAUGAGCAACGCUUUCUGUGCCGAGAGUUCUGGGGUCAAGCGAUGAAUCUGCUUCUCCUGCAGAACCGGGACGACGCAGGCAUUUCGGCGCUCACUGCUGCGGCGACUCAACAAGCUGCUCUGCACUCCUCGACUGCUCCGUUUUCUUCGUCUGCGUCGGUGAGGGCGGCGUCUGUGUCGGCUGCGUCGUUUCUGUCUCGUCUGCUUCACCCACACUUCCGGGCGGCGCUGCGGCAACCGUUUUCUCACUUCUUGCCGGAUCUGCAGAACUGUCAGAUUCUAGAGGCGCGCCACCGGACGGUGUGGGGGGCGUCUGCGCAGGACCGCCACACGGCGGCGCGGCGUCUGGAGUUGCCGCGGCUCGGGAAGGUCCUUCUGGUCGCGGCGGCGCUCGCAGCGUACACGCCCGCAAGCAGAGACAAGCGCCAUUUCAACGACUGCUUCGGCAACGUCUUUCGAGUCGCGCGCCCCCGCCACGCACCUCUGCUGCAGUCGCCUCUGCUGCUGGCGACCGGUGCGAAGGCCGAGGCUCUGCAUCCUGGGACUCCAGGUUCGCCGCGAAAGCCGGGGAAGAGCGUCGCCGAAAAACUCGAGCAAGACUUCCUGCCGCGCGCGCUGCCCAAGACCUUCUCGCUCCUCCGCUGGCUCGCUCUCGCCGAGUGUCUAGACACCGCAGCGGGGAAGCGACAAGCCAGCAUCGGCUUGAUGGACGCCGGGACUUGCCAGCAAGUGGUGGCCCUGCUGCGGCUCGGCCUCGUCCGACCCGCAUCGGGAGGCGGAGAGAGUCGCGCGAACGGCGGCUUCGGUCUCUGGGGCGUCUUGAGCACUUCCUCCCAGACAUGGGGGAGCGAGUGGACGCAGCCUCUCGGCUGGGUGCUGGGCCAGCAACAGUUCAUCGCCGCGCAUGCGCGAAAAAUGGACGCGUUUUUGGGUGGGCCUGCAGGCGCCAGCGGCCAUGCCGCCGACCUCUUCAACUCGAACGCGCGGCUCGCGCUCCACGCGCCUCUCGCGGUCGUCAAGGAGUCUGCAGACUCGCUCGGAAUCAACCUAGUGGACGCACUCGUCGGCUGA